ACCACGUGACCCGCGGCGCUCUUAAAGGGGCCGCGCCGCGCUCGGGGUUUUAUUUUUGGGGGGAUUUUGGGGGAUUUUGGGUUUUUUUGGGUUUUUUUGGGGGAUUUUGGGGGGUCCCGCGCCAUGGCGGGGGCGCGGGCGGAGGAGAACGUGUUCCUGUUCGUGCCCAACCUGAUCGGCUACGCCCGGAUCCUGCUGGCCGCCGUCUCCUUCUGGCUGAUGCCGACGCAGCCGGGCCCCGCCGCCGCCUGCUACGGCCUGGCCGGGCUGCUGGACGCCGUGGACGGACAUGCGGCCCGCAGACUGGGACAGGGUACUGGUUAUACUGGUUUAUACUGGCUCGCGGCUGGGCGCCAUGCUGGACAUUGUGGCUCGCGGCUGGGCGCCAUGCUGGACAUUGUGGUGCCCAGAAUUGACAUUAUACUG